UGCAAAAUAGUCCGAGUCCCGAGACACUGCAGCUCCGAAUCUCUGGCUGGCUCUGCAUAGCUUUCUGGAGGGAGCUUGUGGGACCUUUCGCUCGAUUCCAGAGCCUGCGGGGACACCAUGCCGAGACCCCAGAAGAGACUGGCGGGGGCUGCGAGGCCAGCUUCUACUGCAGGCAAGAAGGGGGCCACUGGAAAAUGUGCCAAGCUGGAGCAGGCUGGUGAGGUUGAAGGUGAAGUGGAGAACUCUGGUCCCACCAGCACCCAGGAGAGCCUCGGCAGCUACUGGCUGAUGAAGUCAGAGCCUGAGAGCCGGCUGGAGAAAGGCGUGGAUGUGAAGUUCAGCAUCGAGGAUCUCCAAGCUGAACCCAAGCAGACAGCGUGCUGGGAUGGUGUUCGCAACUACCAGGCCCGGAACUUUCUCAGAGCCAUGAAGUUGGAGGAAAAGGCUUUCUUCUACCAUAGCAACUGCAGAGAGCCUGGAAUCGCAGGCCUGGUGAAGAUUGUGAAGGAAGCUUACCCGGACCACACACAGUUUGAGAAAUGCAACCCCCAUUAUGAUCCCUCCAGCAAAGAAGACAACCCCAAAUGGUCCAUGGUGGAUGUACAAUUUGUUCGGCUAAUGAAGCGUUUCAUUCCGCUGGCUGAGCUGAAAACCCACCACCAGGCUCACAAAGUCAGUGGAGGCCCCUUAAGAAACAUGCUUCUCUUCACCCGCCAGAGACUGUCCAUUCAGCCCCUGACCCCAGAAGAGUUUGAGUUUAUUUUAAGCCUGGAGGAUGGAGAGCUGAAUUAGCCAAGAACCUGCUGGAUCAGGCCAGACCAGAUCCCCAAGAAAUCCAGCACCCCACCCUCAGAAGACACUGGGCAUUGCCUAGCCUGCACACCUGUCUACAGGAAAUAGGAGCUUGUUAUCUUU